UCCCAGAACCUGCUUCUACUUAAAUCUUUUGUUUCUCUUUCUACUAUAUAUCAUUUAUGUAGGCCAUGUGAGGACAAGAAUUCGAGAAUUUACUAUAAUUUUUGUUGAAUCCUAUGCUAUAAAUAUCAACCCACAAUCACUUCUCCUCUAAUUUUCCUUAAAGAUUCUUCAAUCCUGUUAACAAUGGUGAAGGUAGAUAACAAAUCUUCGUCCUCGUCCUCGUCCUCGUCCUCGUCCUUGUUCUCGACCUCGACCUCGACCUCAAAAUCGCAGUGCAAAAAGAAGUACAAGGGAGUUAGAAUGAGAAGUUGGGGUUCUUGGGUUUCUGAAAUAAGGGCACCUAAUCAAAAGACAAGAAUUUGGUUAGGUUCUUAUUCAACCCCAGAUGCAGCUGCUAGGGCAUACGAUGCAGCUCUUUUCUGCCUUAAGGGCCCCUCUGCAGACCUAAAUUUUCCAUUGUCACCUUCAAAAAAUCUUAAUCCCGAUUCUAUUUUGUCACCUAAAUCCAUUCAAAGAAUCGCAGCAGCGGCGGCAGCAGAAACAAAUUUGAGUCCACAGUCUCCACCUUCUGCUUCCUCCAGUUGUUCAUCAUCGAAUUCUUUGCCAUUGCCUUCAACAAAUAACAAUAGUAUGUUGAAUGAAAACGCGAAAAUUUCGAGCGUACAAUCUUCACCUUCCAUUUCGUCCGGUUCAUCAUCAUUGAGUUCUUUGCCAUUACCCUCAUUAUCAUCGUCUACUUGUUCACCAUCGGAUCGGUUUGAAGAUCAUGAGUUUGUCGCAGAUGAGCCAUUGAUCAGAAUGAUGAACUCAUCAUGGUACGCCUUUGAUUCACCUAAGUACAAUGAUUAUAUGCUCAAUGGGGUGUUCUUUGAUCCAUUGAUGACGGAGGAUUCAUAUGAAGAUGCUGAUAUCAGUUUGUGGAGCUUCUGCUGAUCAAGAAAUUAAUAAUUUUAAAACAUGUUUAUUUUUUUCAUUCAUUGAUUGAUCUUUAGUUUGUUUCUUGAAGAUUGUAAAAGUAGUCGAGCCUUUUCAAUUGCAAAUACCAUACAAGUCGAACCUC